CAGAAAAGCAUGAAUACAACUCCGGAUUCCUUUCAAGAAAUUUAACCCCAAAUUAGAAAAAAAAUUGGGACAGUCUGGAACAUGCAAAUAAAAUAAAAUAAAAAAAGAAAGCAGUGAUUUUCUAAAUUGACUUUGACUUAUGUGUCAUUGGAGAAAGAAUGAACCCAAGAUAUUUCAUGUUUUGUUUGUCAACUUAUUUUCAUUUGUUAAUAUACAUCGAUUCCUGCAUUUAAUAUGCAACACGUUAAAAAAAAAGUUGGGAUGGGGGCAAUUUAGGGUUAGUAAUGAGGUAAAAAAUUUAAUAAUGAUGUGCUUUGAAACAGGUGAUGCCAACAGGUGACUGUCAUCACGAUUUUGUCAUUGUCACCUGGAGGCUCCCGUUGAGGGGGAGAUACUGUCAUGGUCCAGUUUUGCUUCCUCCUCAUUCCUUGUGUCUCAGCUUUUUCUCCUCCCCUUUGUUUCUCAUUUUGUCAAUGUGUGUGUGAGUGUCUGGGUGUGGCUGUCCUGCUCUCCCACUCUCCUGCUUCAGCCAAUCAACUCCUCCUGCCAAUCUGUCCAUACACCUGUUAUCCAUCCAGCAAUCAAGAUCCAGCAGUAUUCAUACUCUAGCUCUGUAAUCCAAUCUUCUCCAGAUCGUUUAGUCUGCUAGUUUGAUCCACUGCCUUCCUGAUACCAUACCUGUCUGCCUGCCACCCCAGUCUGCCUGCUCCAUCUGUCCAUUCAGAUCCCCUGGAAAACCCCUGAUCGUCUGCUUGCUUCUGUCUCAUAAAUCAACCCUACUGACUGAACUGCCAGUCUUGAGUCUUGCUUUUGGGUCCAGUCUUCUCUACACACUUAACAGAAUUAUCUGACCAGCAUGGAUCCAGUGCAUUGAAACCCAGAACUAGCCAUCAUUCUAAAGGCAGUUUCCAGUCAAGGACUACUACUUGUACAACAUGAACAGCUCAUUCAAACCCUCGCAAACCACCAUCAGGCAAUGGUAGAUCAAAUGACUCAAUUAACCAAACAAGUUACCUUGCCAACUAAUUAACUCACUUCUGCAGCUCAGCCAAGUCCGCUUGCUCCUACAACUCCACCUUCAGUGUCUCCUUCACCCAGAGAAUCGUAUGCUCCAGACCCAGAACCCUUUGCUGGAGACUUGAAUAAAUGCAGAAGCUUCCUCAUCCAGUGCUCCCUGGUGUUUAUCCAGCACCUGUUGACUUUCCUUCCAGGCCCAUCCAAGGUGCAUUACAUUGUGGGAUUACUGAGGCAAAGGGCUUUGGCUUAGGUGGAAGCAAUAAAAGCUACUCAGCCUUGCACUCUUUGGCUAAAAGAGUUUAUCGCAAAGGUGAAAAGUGUGUUUGAUCAUCCUGAUCAUUGUGGAGAUACCUCAAAAUGUCUUCUAAAUCUUCUCUAGGGGACAAGAAGUGUGGCUGAUUACUCAGUGGAGUUUAGUACGCUGGCAGCAGAUGCUGGCUGGAACAACCUGGCCUUACAGGGGGUGUUUUUGAAUGGAUUUUGUGAGCAAUUAAAGGAUGAACUGGCCUCUUGUGAUGAAUCAACUAACUUUGACUCUCUUGUUUCCCUUGUCAUCACAGUAGAUAAUUGGCUAUGUGAACAAUGCAGGGAGAAGGCUGGUCAGUUUCCAACACCACUCACCACUCCUCUUCUGCCAUCCCUUGUGAAAGCUGGAGUUUGCUCAAGCCCUGAGACCUGAGUCUCUUCACCUCCUAUUACUUCAGAAAAAGAACCCAUACAGUUGGGUCAGGCAAAUCUUUUUCCUGCUGAGUGCCUCUGCAGGUUUAGAGUGGAUGAGCUUGGUCACUUCCUAGCUGCCUGUCCAGUCUGACCAGUAUGACAGGACUUACCAGUAGUUGUGGGAGUUUUACCAAGCCAAACAGUUUUCUCUGUCCCAGAUUCCACAAAGACACAAAUUCAAGGUACCCUGUGUCACCAGCAGUUUUACAUGCCUCUCCUUGCUUUGAUUGACUCUGGUGCUGAAGGUAAUUUUUUGGAUAAAGAGUUGGCUCUCCAAUUUGGUAUUCCCCUUGAAUAGCUUAAAUCUCCAUGCACUGCCAAUGCUUUAAAUGGAACAUUUCUGACUCAAAUCACCCACUGUACUGUUCCUGUAACUUUGGUCCUGUCUGGCAAUUGUAGGGAAAGCAGUUUAAGAUAAUCUCUUCUCCUAAAGCACCUUUGGUUCUGGGCCAUCCCUGGUUGAAACAACACAAUCCUCACAUUAAUUGGUCUGCUGGUAAAAUUAUCAGCUAGAGUUCAUUCUGCCACUCUUCUUGCCUAUGAUCUGCUCAACCUCCAGUAGAGGUCACCAUCCCUCCACAGACGUCUGAGCCCCUAAAUUUGUCUUCCAUUCCAGACAAAUUCCAUAUCAUGAUCUGAGUGAAGUUUUCAGAAAAGAUCUAGCUCUGUCUUUGCCUCCACACUGCCCUUAUAAUUGUGCCAUAGAUCUGCUACCUGGUUCCAAUCUCUCCCAUCCAGAGAGAGAAAGGCUAUGGAGAAGUAUAUUAAUGACUCUUUGGCUGCAGGUAUAAUCAGACCAUCUUCCUUUCCUGUUGGUGCUGGCUUCUUCUUUGUUUCCAAGAAAGAUCACAUAUUACACCCCUGUAUUGACUACCGUGGGCUAAAUAACUUCACUGUGAAGAACAAAUACCUUCUGCCUUUAAUCACCUCUGCUUUUGAGCCCAUUCAAGGUGCCACAGUUUUUUCUAAGCUGGACCUCAGGAACGCUUACCACCUCAUUCAGAUCAGAGAGGGAGAUGAAUGGAAGACUGCAUUCAACACACCCCUUGGAAAGUUUGAGUAUCUGGUAAUGCCUUUUGGGUUAACCCGUGCUCCUGCAGUUUUCCAAGUUCUAGUCAAUGAUGUACUGAGAAAGUUCCUGAAUCACUUUGUGUUCGUAUUGCUCAACAGUAUUCUGAUCUUCUCUCAGAACAUUUCUAUCAUGUCAGCCAGGUUCUCCAAAGGCUGCUGGAGAAUAAAAUUUUCAUGAAAGCUGAGAAGUGUGAAUUCCAUGCUAGUUCUGUGAGCUUCCUGAGCUACAUUAUUGAGACCCAGAAAAGAUCUGUGCAGUGGCAGCAUGUCCCAGACCCUCCACCCAAAAGCAGCUUCAGUGAUUUUGGGGGUUUGCAAAUUUCUACCACUGGUGAAUUUGGGACUAUGGUAAGGUAGCAGCUCACUAAACUCACUUCCUCCUCCACUCAGUUAUCUUGGAACCCCUGAGGCUGAAGACACCUUUUCCAAGUUAAAGAGCCUUUUUGUCUCCCCUCCUGUCCUGGUCCAACCCAGUCCAUCACGUAAGUUCAUUGUUGAAGUGGAUACCUCUGACACCAGAGUAGGGGCAGUCCUCUCCCAACACUCUGUUUGUGAUCAAAAACUCCACCCCUGUGCCUUCUUUUAACAUGUUGAGUAUUGUUUUUUGGCCAUUUUAACUUUACUUUCACCUACAGACCUGGUUCCAGAAAUGUGAAGCCUGAUGCUCUUUCCCACCAAUAUGUUACUGAUGAGACUCUCUCCUGUCUGGAUCCUAUCCUCCCUUCAGCCUAUGUUGUGGCAGCAGUCUCCUAGGAGAUCAAGUCCUUGGCAAGAAAGGCACAGCAGAGGCAACCAGACCUAGGUAACAGUCUGCCUAACCACUUGUUUGUCCCAGACUCUUUUCAUUCCCAGGUCCUCAAAUGGGUACAUACUUCUCAUGUUCCCUGCCAUCCUGGGAUGAACCGCACCCUGAUUCUCCUCAAGUGAGAUUUUUGGCGGUCUCUCCACAGAGACAGACACCUGUGCCUAUGUCUCUAUUUGCACUGUCUAUGCUCAAGGAAAGACUUCUCAUCUCCUGCCAGCUGGCCUGCUGUGCUCUCUCUCCCUGUCCCCAGUGGCCCCUGGUCACACAUUGCUCUUGAAGUUGUCACUGGUUUACCACCAUUACAAAGCAAUACAGUUAUUAUCAUUAUAGUUGACCAUUUUUCUGAGGCAGUUCACUUUGUGGCUAUUCCCAAACUCCCCACAGCCUGUGAAACAGCAGAUCUCCUGGUUCAACAUGUCUUCUGUCUCCAAGGCACUCCACUGCACAUAGUCUCAGACCAGGAUCCUCAGUUCAUAUCACAGGUUUGGAAGGCAUUCUGUCAAGCUUUUGGUGCCUCUCUGAGUCUCACCUCUGGUUUCCAUCCCCAGACAAAUGGCCAGACAGAAAGGGCAAAACAGGAUCUGGAGUCAGCUCUGCACUGUGUCACUGCAACCAACACUUCCUCCUGGAGCUCUCAUCUGGCCUGGAUUGAAUUUGCUUAUAAUUCAAGCUUGCUCAUUGGGGAUAGAUUCGAGAUAAAAGCAGCUCAUACCUAGCUGACUGCCACUGGACCCCGGCUCCAGCAUAUAAACCAGGUCAGGAGGUUUGACUUUCUUCAAAGAAUAUACCACUGAGAACUGAAUCCAGAAAGCUUUCUCCCUGUUUCCUUGGCCCAUUUGUCAUUGAAUGCAUCAUAAAUCCAUCUCGUCAUCAUCGGUUGUCCAUCACUAGCAAUGAUGACUGCUUCGUUAGGAUGCACAGAGAUGCAGAUGGGCUGCAAGGCCUGCACCAGAGUGCACCAGACUUAUUCUCCUUUCGUAAUGAAGUGCCUUGCACAGUAAGGUAAAAUAAACAAUGUCGUGCCCCCAUCAUGUUGUCUCUCUGAACCUCCAGACCUGAUGCCAAGUGGUGCACAAAAAUGCCACAGGCCUGAUGGGUAUGGAAAUUGCCCUGCAGUGACAACUGACUUGCCAAGUGAUGCCAUCCAUUGGCCAUUUGAGUGGUUCUUCCGCAUGCCAUCAGGUGGUGUGCCAUUGACUCUGUUGAGUUCAUCUGCCACAUUGCACCGAAAAGUGCUCUAAUGCUAGCACCUUAUUGGUGAAGUACUAUUUAACCUAUAACUGAAACCCAGGCAGGUGCUACCGUUCCGGGUCAGAGCAGACCUGGGAGCAAUGGUGAUUAAGGGGUAACUCCAAUUUCCCCAAUACUCAAGUCUGUGUGUGUGUGUGUGUGUGUGUGUGUGUGUCUGGGUGUGACUCUCCUGCUCUCCUCCCUGCUUCAGCCAAUCAACUUCUCCUGCCAGUCUGUCUGCACACCUGCAAUCCAUCCAGCAAUCAAGCUCCAGCAGUAUUUAUACCCUGGUUCUGCACAGGCGACUUGUCCAGGGUGUACCCCGCCUCUCGCCCAUAGUCAGCUGGGAUAGGCUCCAGCUUGCCCAUGACCCUGCACAGGAUAAGCGGUUAUUGAUAAUGGAUGGAUGGAUGUCUUCUGUGUUGAUUUCAAUAUACUGUCCCAACUUUUUCUGAUUUGGGGUUGUACAUCUUUUGAGAUGUGAAUCUCACACUACCUGAAAAAUGCCAGGUAUGACUGAACUGCCCCUGAGGACACACUGAUAAGACAAAUGUUGAUUUGCUAGCAGAGUGUGCACUGGAGUGGGCGCUGCCCCCAUUUCAGAACGGAACAGUGCAGGAGCCACUACAGGACAUUGUGGAAUCUCAUUUGAACAAAAUGAUGGAGGUUACAACUCUUGUGAAAGGCAAAACUACUGACCGGAAUAUUCUACUAUCCUAUGGAAACUGUGUACUGGAAGUCACUGAGAAUUUGGUGUCUACACUGGUGAGGAAAACAGAUCCCAUCAGAUCCAUCAACAUUUCUCUACAAACUUUAGAGGUUCAGGUAAUUACUGUUGGACAAAACACCUCUGUGAAUAAAGUCCAUUCUCUCAUCACAAGCAGUGCAUCCAUGGAUAUCGAGUUGACUGGGAUCUCAAAGAACAGCAAUGUUACUGUGGCCUUUGUGAGCUACACCAACAUGGCAGACAUCCUGACACCUCGCCCAUUAAUAAUCAAAACCAUGAUGUCUUCUGUGGUAUCAGUAACACUUCUCCAAACCACCAACCCACACCUCACCAAACCACUCAAUCUCACGUUCACACACAUCAGAGAGUUAGACCCUGCAGGCAUUCUCUACUGUGGGUACUGGACAGACACAGACUGGGCUGAAGCUGGUUGUAACAUCACAGACAAAAACUCCACUCACACUGUGUGCUCUUGUGAUCGUCUGGGUACUUUUACUAUCAUGCAAGUUGUAAGGGACCAGGAUACGAUGGAUCAUUCUUGGAUCAUUUUCGUCAAAGCAUCUAUAGCAGUGGGAAUUAUAUUUCUGAUUUUGUCGAUACUGACACUCGCCUUUUGUUCGCCGAACAGAAAAUUGACCAGAACGGCUCUGAUAAACCUGUGUAUAAGCUUGUUGAUGGUUAUGCUUUUUGACCUGGCCUUGCCAUAUUCCCAGACAAUAUGGAAUCUAGUACUGGACUGGCUUUGGGAUUUUUUCUAUUUGUCAUUUGGUCUGUGGAUGUUCAUUGAAGCCAUCCUGCUCUUCAUAUCUGUGAAGAACCUAUCAAAUAUCAGAUCAAUGCAGGGGGAGGGGUUUAGCUGGAAAUGGUUAAUUGUGAUUGGAUACUGUGUGCCCCUGGCUCUGGCGACUCUGCUGUUCAUGCUUCUGAGGUUUACUGGAAGCCAAACAUGUAUCGAGGAAAAUUGGGACUCAGAAGCUACGUUUGUUGUUAAUUUAAUUUUUCUUUGCAUUCUUGCAUUAAACUUCAUCUUCUACAUCAUCAUCAUCAUCAUCUUGAGCUUCACUAUAAUACGGCAGAAACUUCAGAACUUACAGAGGAGUAACACCAAUAAUCAAAAACUCAUACUAUGUGUGAUGUUUAAAAGCCUGGCCCAGUUUUUUAUCCUCGGCUGCCCUUGGAUUAUUUUAUUUUUCUCCAACGAUUCUACAUCAUGGUAUGUCUGGAUGUUCUUCGCUAGCCAGCAGGGCACCUUCAUCUUCCUGGUCCACUGUCUCUUCAACCAAGAGGUCAGGCAGCAGUACAGGAAGUACCUGGAUGCGUUUUGCUGCGCCAACAAACCUAACACCGCUACAGCAGAUGUGCAGAUGAGCAGUGACUCAACAUGAACGUCCACAGGGCUGUUCCUUCCAGGGAUACAUUGUCAGUGAUUAGCUGAGCUUUUUCAUAUUUUUGAUGCACAUGUUUUUUUGGUUUAGAACUUUUAUUGCUCUUUUAAUUCAUAUAUAUCUUCUUUUUGAUUUUGGUUUUCUGCAUUGUAAACAAAGAGCAACUUUAAUUUUCUUCUAACUUUACUAAAAUGUCAAUCAGUUAAAAGAUCGAAUCAGGUUAGGAUCAGGAUGUGUGAGGUAUGGAUAUGGAUAUGGACUUGUCAGGUCAGGCUUCAUUUAAUCUGCCAGCAUUUCUGUCUUUUUUGUAAAUAUUUUUAACAUAACAUUUAGAAACAUUACCACAAUAACACAUCACAUAACAGAGCAAAGCAUUAUUACUGCAAAUGUUUUUAGAAUAUUGCAGAAACGUUAUUUAACAAUUUUUCGCCAAAGGUGAAGUUAAUGUCAGUGAAUAAUAAGCGAGAUGAAGUCGAGGUCGAGAUUAUUCUUCACCAAUAUUCACUGAGCCUGAGGCAGAUAAUUGUUUUAGUAUAAUUACACAGGUGAUUAUUUUUUUUUAAAAAUCAUUCAUUUCAAACUUCAAAAGUGGCAUGCAAAUAUGAUAAUGGCACGGCGUAGAUUUGUGUCGCUUCUCUAGGCCGAGUCACAUAAAAUCCUUUGUUUUGAAAUCGAUAAAAUAAAUCACAAUCCCACCUUACCUUUGAAUAGUUUCAGACCAAAUUUCUGAGCAAUUUUAGUGUGACGAAGUGAUCAGCCGCCAUUUUGCCGAGUCGCUCGAGGUGAUUAUUGAGAAAUAGUCAGAAUCUCUCGACCAAUCAGAGCACGCAAUUUUCUAUAAUCACCUGUGUAUUUAUACUAAUUUUAGUUACAACGAUAGUUUUUGAAGGACAUGUCAAAUGCGUCUGGACUAGGUUUAGAUUUAGGUAGAGAAUUAUUUAAAAUCAACACCAGGAUUACUGGCACCAUUCAAACAAGUCUAUGAAAUCUAUUUCCACUUAGACAAAUAAUUUCAGAAGAACUGUGUGUGUGUGUGUGUGUGUGUGUGUGUGUGUAGAUCAGUUUCUCUCCUCUUCAAUAAAAUGGUAAAUGCAGAUCUGAGAAGAUAAAAGUGAAUAAAUAGAAAAUGUACAUAAUAUUAAUAAUAAUAAUGAUGAUGAUCUUGUUGAGUUGUAAAUGUAUCUACUGCCCCCUGUUGUCCAUCUGCAGCAUUUACACUUCUGUUACUCGAAUCCUCAUAAAUAUCUGUCUCAUCAAGGUUCUCUGUAUAAUAUGCAGGUUGUAACUUGUAAUUAAAGUGUUUUAAUCGUGUA